AUGCGAUUCUUCAUUUUCAGCGUUUUAUGCAGCUUCUUGCUGCUGGGGACACUGACUUCGGCGUGGCCGUGGGGACCCGAUAAGCUGGUGGCUCGGGAUGCGGUCUAUGAACGAGCAGAUAAAACCGCCGAAUCCACCGCGACCGAAACAGCUGCCUCUACUUCUGCCUCCGAGACUGAGACCGCCACGAAUACCAAAUCCUCAAAGGACGAGACCACGACCGGCACCAACACGGAGACCAGUACGGAUACGAAGACCAAGAGCAAGUCGGACAAGUCCAAUACCAAAACCACGGCGACUAGUUCGAUCUCGAUUGACCCCGCCGCCGGUGCUGGUGGUAUUUCCAUGAUCACUCUCCGUCUCAUCAUCCACAACAUACUUCAGAAUCGUCUAAACAGUGCGACCUACACCCUGACCUCCAACAUGAGCGUGCACGAAACUGGCAAGGUCGUUUGGGACACCAAUGCGACCCAGACCAUUCCUCUGCUCACAGCGACUUACACCUUGUUCGUUGUUGACUCGGAGAAGGAGCUCGGUGACACUGCCAAGGCUGGCUACCUGAGCUCUCAGAUUGGAUACAGCUUCGGCAUGUACUCGCCUCUGCCUUACACUCCACUGAAUGAAUUCAAGUGCGCGACAUGCAACGGUGCGUUGUCCGACGUUCAGCGGCAAGGCCUCAAGUUCGCCAUCGGUAUGGCUGCCAUCACGAUUGCCUCCUUUACCUGGUUCGUCGGCGGCCUGGGUAUCUUCGCCACCUAA